UUUGCCUUUCGUAUAAAUAGUUGCAGCAGACAUUGUUCCUUUGAAGGAAAACAGAACAUCAGUGAGGUAAAGCCUUCAGCUCUGAAAGAGGAACACAGGAUGCAUCCUUUCUUCCUGCUCUGUGUGGCAGUGACUGGCUCCAUAGCCUGGGCCCACCCACAUCUCUCUCACUUCUCCUCAGAGAUGAUCAACCAUAUUAACAAAGCCAACACCACCUGGACGGCUGGACAAAACUUUUAUAAUGUUGACAUCAGCUACGUUAAAGGGCUUUGUGGGACCAUCCUGAAAGGACCCAAGCUGCCAGAGGUGGUUCAUAACAUUGAAGGUAUAAACCUUCCAGACAGCUUUGACCCUCGCCAACAGUGGCCCAACUGCCCCACCCUCCAACAGAUUAGGGACCAGGGCUCCUGUGGAUCUUGCUGGGCUUUCGGGGCAGUGGAAGCAAUAUCUGACAGGCUUUGUAUCCAAAGUGAUGGUAAGGUCUCCCUGGAGAUAUCUGCUGAAGAUCUGCUCACCUGCUGUGAUGAGUGUGGAAUGGGCUGCUUUGGUGGCUUCCCAUCCGCUGCUUGGGAGUUCUGGACAAAAAGUGGACUUGUGACAGGAGGCCUGUAUGACUCCAAAGUUGGUUGCAGACCCUACUCUAUUUCCCCGUGUGAACACCAUGUAAACGGAACUCGUCCUCCAUGUCAGGGCGAAACAGAGACCCCUAAAUGUCUGCAGCAAUGCGCUGAUGGAUAUUCACCAUCAUACCCCAAGGACAAACACUUUGGUCAGCGCUCAUACAGCGUCCCAUCGGAUCAGGAACAGAUCAUGACUGAGCUGUAUAAGUACGGGCCUGUGGAGGCAGCGUUUACUGUCUUUGAGGAUUUUCCACUGUAUAAAUUUGGUGUGUACCAGCAUGUGACUGGAGGAAUUCUGGGAGGUCAUGCCAUCAAGCUCCUGGGCUGGGGGGAGGAGAAUGGCACCCCCUACUGGCUGGCUGCAAACUCCUGGAACAAUGACUGGGGAGACAAAGGUUUCUUCAAAAUCAGACGUGGAAAUGAUGAAUGUGGGAUUGAAUCUGAGGUGGUCGCAGGAAUCCCCCUCAACUAAUUGAUUUCAAAAUCAUGUAUUUUAACUUCUUUGUAAGAUUAAAGACCGAAAGCCAUGUGAUCUGCAAAUUCAUAUCCAGAAUUAUCAUCCAUAAAGGAUUUUUAUCACAGUAAUGUGAUGACUGUUCCUUUAGAGUCUUUUAAAGGAGAACAUUUUCUUGAUUAUAGGAAAUCUGAAAUUAUUUUGCAAACUGUUUUCACUCAGUUUUUAUUUAAAGCUCCAAAAACCACAUUGAAAUGUGAGGUGAGGGUGAAUUUUUUGGGCUUGUUUUCACAUAUAAUUGUAUCAAAAUAAACAACAUAAUGAACCUUACAUCUACCGCCUAUUUUUUAUUCUCUUAGCACUUAAUAAACCUGAAAUACAAUCAAACACAAUA